AAAAUUUUCGUCAUUCGUAGCGUAUAUCGCGGCAAACAUUGGACCAUACGUCACGCACGCGCGGUCGGUACGGUAUGUCUCAAAGUCUGCCGUGUUUGCCGUAGCGAAAAGGUUAAUUGACUGAAAUUUCUAACUUUAUUGAACUUUAUUGAUCGCAUAGAUCACAAAUUACUACCGGGACAUAUUUCGCUUGUUUCAAUAAGUGAAGAACAAUAUAUUCGUAAACAGCAGUGAAAAAUGAAUGAGACUACUUUACCUCCCUCACCAAAUUGGUACUUAAGCAACAUUCUUGCUUAUUCCUUUAAUGGUACCGUUGCAUGGGGUGCUAGAAAAACAAUUGUUGUUGUUAAAUCUAAUGAAAAUGAAAAAGCAUUACAAUAUUCUAUCAUUAAACAUGCUCACAAAGAUAGGGUAACUUGUCUUGCUUUUACUCCUCAGUUUGAGGAAGUAAAUAGUAAUUUAUUGGCUUCUACAGGUGAUGAUAACAUAGUAAAAGUAUGGGAUUCAGAAACCUUAUCCAUAGCUUACAGUUAUUCUUUUGGAACAAACCAACAAGCCAUAGGAGUAGAUUGGUCAUAUAAGGAUCCUUUUGUAUUAUAUUCAGCAAGUUCUGAUGGUUGCAUAUUAUCAUGGAAUGUUCAUUUUAACACUAUAUCUUCCAUUUUGCUAGGAAAAGUAACACCUACUUGUAUUUCCUCUUGUCCUCAUGAUCAACAUAUUGUGGCUGUAGGUUCUAAGAGUGGUUUAGUCUAUGUACUUAAUUUUCAAGGGAAAGGAACGAUAAUGUAUAAACUAAGAGGACAUGAUACAGAAGUUGUCAGUCUGUCUUGGUGCCCCUCAGAACAGAAUGUUAUAAAUGGAAAUCACAAUAGAGAUUUACUUUUAGCUUCUGGUGGAAAAGACAGAUUAAUUUAUAUUUGGAGAGCUGGUGGAGAUGGACGUUACGAAAUGACAAUUUCAUUGCCUUCGGGACCUCUUGAUUGUCAUCAGCACAGAAGCAAAUUGAACUCGACCGUAGGUAAUUGGAUUGCAAUUCGUUGGAUAGAGCCUAAACUAUUGCUUACAAGUUCCUUUUGGGGUGAAUUAAUAUCUUGGCAUUUAUCGACAAUGACAAAGGGCAAACCUACUUACAAGUUAAUACAUGCACAACAUAGUAGAGGUUUAUUUUGUAUCGCACAUAGACCAAGUGUACAGGAAAAUUUGAUAGAAGAUUGGAGGAUAAAGAAAAGAUAUAAAAUUUGGACUCUGGCACAAGAUCGUAGAGUUAUUUGUUGCGAAAUGAAAGAAAAUAAUAUUGAAAUAGUAUGUGAUAUUUACACACAAAGUGGCUAUGUUUAUUGUAUUGCAGCUUGCCCAUUAGACACUUCACGCAUUGCGUUUGGUGUUGGAGAUGCAAUGUUACGGUUGUGGAAUUUGUCAGAAGCACAUUGUAAUACUUUUGAUAUAACUGUUUUAUGGCAAAAAAUUAAGGGAAAAAUUCGUACGAUCGCGUGGCAUCCUGAAAAAGAAAACUUAUUAGCAUACGCAACUGAAGAAGGUCGAAUCGGUGUGUUUGAUACAAAUGGUAACAAACCACCUACUUUGUAUAGACAAUAUCAUAGAAAGAUAGUAUAUACUAUUAUUUGGGGUCCAUGUCCAGAGAGUAAGCAGUAUGUGUUAUACUCUUGUGCAGAAGGAGAACUUGUAUUCUAUGAUCCUGUAAAACCAAACCAAGAACCUACAUCUGUAAUAAAAAAAGAAUGUACAGGAUUCAAUUGGAAGCCAGACUUUUCCUGCUUGGCAGUAGGAUUUGAGAAUGGAUCAAUUUCAUUUCUUAAUCGCAAAUUUAAAAUGUGUGGAUACGCUAAAUUUUCCUCUGUCAUGGUGUAUUGCUUAGCAUGGCAUCCAGAGAGUACUGCGACAGAUUCAACAUACUCUCCAUUAAGAAAUUAUUUGGCCGUUGCUUUUGAGUCAUGUAAACUAAUAGUCUUUGAUUUAUCCAAUUUCAUGGACCAUUUAACAAAAUUAGAAAACUCAACUGAAAAUGAUAAUGAAAAAACAUUUGAUUCUUAUAAAGUGCAUGAGGUCGUGGCCAACUUAACUGGACAUGUCCAUAGUAUUGUUUGUUUGGCAUGGAAUCCAUACAUUAGUGGACAGUUGAUAUCUGGUAGUUAUGAUAGUACGGCACAGGUGUGGAACGUUGAGACACAAGAAUUGAUAGCCACUUAUACACAACAUAGUGGUCCAGUACUGUGUUGCAUGUGGAGUCCACUAGAUCCUAAUUAUAUCAUAACAGGUUCGUUAGAUUUUACUGUCCGAAUAUGGAAAGUAACGGACAAUAAUCCCGUUGCACCGCAAGAGAAAGUGCAUACAAAAUCAGCAAAGAAAAAUAAAGACAAACAAAUAAAAACAAAUAAAAUUGUUGAUACUUCGAUUCAAAAUAGUGUAACAGAUUUAACAAACACCAUGUCGGAGUGUUCGGUUUCGAACGUUUCUCAACCCUUGCAAAAAUUAAAGACAGUACCGAUGAAAGAAGAAGUAAAAAAGAAAAAGCGUGAGAAAACAUAUUUCGUGAAAAGUAGUAAAAUAAUGGAUAAUACAACCCAGUUGUUAAAUUCUCUCGUAAAUAUUGUGAAAACUACAGAACGUGAGAACGGAAAUAUUGAAGAAGAUCAGGAAGAUAUAUCGUAUCAUAUGUCACCGUUUUUAUUUUCAACAAAAGAAAACUUUAUGUCCUUUUUUGCCGAUAAUAAAUAUGCUCAUAUCGAGGAAGGAAGACACGAUGUAGCCACUGAAAUGGACAUUUGGUGUGACAAUCUUAAAGAAAACUUAGAUGAAGCUGUGAAAGAGAAACGACUCAAUGACUCCCUUGUUUCGCUUUCAGCCAGUUUAUCCAUGAAAACAUGGAAAGAAAUGUGUGAAUUAUAUGCAUAUCAAUUAAUAAGUGACGGUAAAGCUCACAAAGCAGUAUCAUAUUUACUUUGUAUACAUAAAACUUACAAAGCUAUAGAAGUACUCCAGAAUGCAAAUUUACAUAAGGAAGCUUAUGCUCUUGCAAGAUGUAGACUUGAAUCUGAUGAUCCUGUUCUGACGAACGUAUUACAAGACUGGGCAAAGUACAGCGCACAUAUUGGCCUUUUUGAAGAUGUAGCAUACAUUUACGCUAAGUUGGGAGACUUUUCUAAUACAGUGAAAUAUCUUGCGCGUCGUAAAGAUCCAACCACUUUAAUUACCGCAGCUGAAAUUGCACUUUUAUGUAACGAUGAUAUUCUCAGUAAAUCGUUAGCUGAGGAAGCAAUAAUUGCAGCUUUCAAAAACUCUGAGUACAAUUUAGUUAGAAAUAUAAUCACAAAGUUCACAUACCUUAAGUACCAAGAAGUACAUAUAAUCGUUGUUGAAAAACUCCGACAAGUUAUUGAAAGAAAUGUAAUACCCGACUCAGUUCAGCUGUGGUUAAAUGGAGAACUAAAAGAUGGAAUGUUACAAGUUUUUGAAAUAACUUGUAAAGAUUACUAUCCUUGUUACGAUGAUUUACGCCAAAGCAGCAUCUGUAAUACAUUGGAUAAUGAAGAAAUGUUAUGGCUAACUGUUAGCUAUGAAAUUGCAUUGGCUGUAAUUUCGCCUGAAAAACAACAGCGAUUAAAACACAUUGUUUCCGCAUUAGGAACCAUUAGUCAGUUUGAAACCUUGCAUCGGAAUAAUCAUGAAUAUCAUCCUAACUUUUUGAUCGAAGUCAUUAUGAAAUUGGAUAAUAGAAAUCCAACUAAAGAAGAAAGCAUUUAUGCAAAAACUGACUAUCCUGUAUCAGUCAGUUUACGAGCAUACUUAUGCAGUGCUUUUUUGAAUUGGUUUGUAAAUAACAUAAAUGAAGAAUACGUUAAUGUCAACAUGCAUGUUUAUAUCAAUUUAAUAGAAAACUUGAUUGACGAUGCACUGAAUAAGCAAGCAGUGAAGCAAUGGUUAAUAACAAAUGAAAUUAACAAAGUGGAGAGUCAAGUAGCAUCUGCAUUAUGUAAAACACAAGAAGAAAAUGAAAAUGAACAGACUGCAGAAUCCCUUGUACAAAAACUGAAUGCAUUAAAAGUUGAAAAGAAACAGCUUGUGGAUGAUCUAGUUUGUGUUCCUAAUCCAGUCAUGGUUUACAGCAAGGCAAAUGAGUUAGCUGGCAAAUUGACGGAUGAAACAAUUAAAUCUACAUUCCUAGAUAUAGUUUCGAAAGCAUGGACAAAUGCUACCUCGUGA